UCCCGAAUGACGGUGAAGCUUUAAGUCAAGUUGUGGCACUUGACUGUCUUAACACUGACCAUCCUGGCUUGCUAGACCUGACCGACGAGCUUUUGAGGCACUGGAACUGCAUGCACUGUCAUUGGAGCUAUUAAUUAAGCCCUUGACAGGGUACAAGCACAACAUAUCCUGUCUCUGCAAGGAACUUCUUGUAGCAAUUCCAAAUGCUUCCGUCUAUUCGCUGCCGACGUACCAAUCUUAUUCGAAGGCCCUGUCUGUCCGCUCGAUUGUCUACAUCUUCUGUUCUUCUUGCCAAUCGAGCCAUUGUAUAUUCAUCUUUUGGAAACCCAUCUGAGGUUCUUUCAGCCAUUACAUACCCUGACCUACCUCCACCUCCCUCCAAAUCAUUAAACGUCAAGUACAUUCUCUCACCGAUCAACCCUGCCGAUCUAAACGUUAUAGAGAACAAGUACCAUUCCAAACCCUCACCUGUCUCUUCAUUAUCCGAGGGACGUCACAAGUUCCCCGAACCGCAUUACGUCGGUGGAAAUGAGGGACUUGCUGAGGUAACGGAAGUAGGUCCAGACGUCACACACUACAAGGUGGGGGACCGUGUCGUCUUGACCAAGCAACAGUCAGGUACCUGGGCGUCGGCAAGGACCUUGCAUGAAGAUGAUGUGCUCAAAAUCCCAGUCGGAUUAAGUGAAGUCAAUGCAGCUACUAUUACUGUCAACCCUCCUACUGCAUACAACAUGUUGCACUCGUUUGUAGAACCAAAAGAAGGGGACUUGGUGAUGCAAAACGGCGCAAAUAGUGCAGUUGGACAAGCCGUCAUUCAAAUCGCCGCUCGGAAGGGCAUACGAACACUUAACUUUGUUCGUAACAGACCAGACAUUGAUUCAUUGAAAAAUUACCUUCAGUCGUUAGGCGCGACUCACGUCUUCACCUAUGAUGACCUGAAAGACAAGGAAACAGUACAAAACAUCAAGACAACAAUAACCAAGAAGGGCACAUCACUGAUGUUGAAUUGCGUGAGCGGCGAGCCGACGAAGGACAUGACACGGCUCCUGGCGGACAGCGCCACGCUGGUAUCAUAUGGGGCGAUGUCAAAGCAACCACUGAUCCUGCCCACAAGCCUGUUCAUCUUCCGCGACUUGAGAUGCAGAGGAUUCUGGCAAUCCAAAUGGUAUGAAGAACACUCCAUACAACAGAGGGAAGAGCUCAUGAAGACACUGGCCGAGCUCAAGUUGCGAGAACCAGAAUAUGAAAUAUUGAACCUGAAAGGCACGGCCAGCGACGAAGAGGUUGCUCAGCAGGUCCGAAGCGUCAUUGCGAAGAUACAGGAGGGUCGGUAUGGGAGGAAGGUUCUGUUGAGGUUCGAACCAGCUCAAUAGAAAGCAGGGUAUGAUAGCAAGCAAGAAAGCGAUAAAUCCGAGAAAGAAAGCCAGGAAUAUAUUAAUGCAUUUUCCUAUCCUCGAAGAAUCUCUGUGACACAGCAUGGUUAGAAUGGGUUUCCCAUAACACAUACCUCCAUAGAAACUUACCCUCAAAUGCCUCAGCUGCCAUGCACAGGUCGCGACCAGCACAAUUAUCUGAGCAAUACUAUACCAUACAGCCCUACUAUUCGUCAACUCGCUGAGGUCCCUAAAGUUCGCCUCCCGUUCGCGCUGAUAUUGCUGCUCCCUCCGAACAUCUUCUAGCUUUUGGUUCAAGUCGCGCAAUUUGGAUGAGAGCUCGCUAACGUGGGAACGAUCAUGUUCACGAUCAGGUUUCGUACUGCCAACAACGAUGUCGAGGUAAAGGCGAAUGUGGGUCUUGGUAAACCAGGCAUUCCCGUAGUUAGAUGACAGGCAGACGGAGUGGUCUCCUGAGUCGUGUGAAGUGAAGGUAAAGCGACCUUCCGAAGGCCCUCGAGUCUUCACAACGUUAUCCCCAGAUUCAAGCUCCUGUAUAGAUAAUAAGAUGUUGCGUAACAC